AUGGAAGUGAUUGAAGUUCUACACAUGAAUGGAGGAAUUGGAGAUGCAAGUUAUGCAAACAACUCAUUAGUUCAGCAAAAGGUGUUAUCCAUUACCGAGCCGAUAACAAAAGAAGCCAUUAUUGAUCUCUACUGCAGUACUUUCCCUAAAUCCUUGUCCAUUGCAGACUUGGGUUGUUCCUCUGGUCCAAACACUUUGCUAGUGGUCUCUGAGCUCAUCAAAGCAGUUGACAAACUAUGCCGAAAAAUGGGAAACCACUCACCAGAGUUUCAAAUAUUCUUAAAUGACCUUCCCGGGAAUGAUUUUAACACGAUUUUUCGGUCUUUGCCGAGGUUCCAAGGAAAACUGACAGAACAGAUGGGAUCCGGAUAUGGACCUUGUUUUUUCUCUGGAGUCCCUGGUUCAUUUUAUGGUAAUUGA